AUGGCCUCCAAUAAAACUACAUUGCAAAAAAUGGGAAAGAAACAGAAUGCAAAGAGUAAAAAAGUCGAAGAGGCAGAACCUGAAGAAUUUGUGGUAGAAAAAGUACUGGACCGACGUGUAGUGAAUGGGAAGGUGGAGUGUUUCCUGAAGUGGAAGGGAUUUACAGAAAAGGUGGUAAAGAAAAAGAUGGAACAAAAAGAAAAUCUGUAUCUGACAGUGAAUCUGAUGAUAGCAAAUCAAAGAAGAAAAGAGAUGCUGCUGAUAAACCAAGAGGUUUAG